AUGCAGGCUGGGAAGGCCGCACCUUCGUUCUCUUCCUUCGUUGCUCAGUCUUCUGACACGCCUAAUGAAAGCCGAUCCUCGACCUCUCGAGAUCACAAUGAUGAUCAUGGCAAGCGCCAUCAUUCCAGAAGGGAAUCUAAACCAUAUUCCUCACCUUCGCGGGGUAAGGAGCACAGCACCAAGCGGAGGGAAAGAAAGUCACUAUCCGGGCUCCACUAUGAACGCUACAGCUCAAGUCACCGAUCCUCGCCUUCCAGACAUGCCCUAGAUUCUCCGCGCAUACUCGAGGAGCCAAGAACUCCAAAGAGCCAUAUCCUGUCAGCUACAGGCACGAAUUUCUACGAUGAUCGAUAUGGCAGCACUAGCACGCUGUUUCUCGAGGCACAGCAGUACUACUUGGAUGGUCACCGGCACGUUCUUGGUGCCCCAAGAAAUGCCAGGCUGUUUCGUGACUCGAGAUCUCAGAAAUAUGAGCUGUAUAUUCCCCACGGAGUUAGCGCUAGCCGCGCCCAUACCCUGCGCGCUUUCAGACUUAUUGCUAAGACUAAGGCUCGGAGGUUGAUACCGUCAUCUGAGAGCCUUCUUCCAGGAGAAGAGGAUGACUUUAUCCCCGUCCAGGGAAAAUCUCUUGCCGGCCCCGAUCAGGUAGCCCCAAGUGGAGCUUCAGAUGACAGUAGUGACGGCGAAAGCCUCAACCUACCCGAAUCUGAUGAGGAUGCACCAGAUGCCCGUAUGACGGAGACAGCUCGGCUGGAACGGAUACUAGCGGCAGACAAGACAAAUGUCAAUGCAUGGUUUAAUGUUAUUGCGCACACCGCAUCUGCGAAUCCAACUCCCGCUGGUCGCGCAGAUAUCUGGGUCACCAUGUUGGAGAAGGCCAUCGAUAGUCACCCUAGGAACAAACAUUCCACCGCCCUUCGACUUCGUUAUCUGAGCAUCAUCCGGGCGGCUAAAGGAAGUGAAGCAGAGGAUGUAGCUUGGAAGGAAGCCCUCGAUGAUAUUCAGGAUGAGAACCUCUGGUUAGAAUAUAUGAAUUACAGGCUGCAGAAGUCUGGGAUCGACUCGUUGGCUGAAACGCUUCAUAUGAUUCGUCAUCGUAUCAGAGAUACGCUCACUGAUGAAAGGCGGAAAUACUAUAUUCAGUUGCGUUUGUUCUGGCGAAGUGUCGUAGCUCUCAAAGAAGCUGGUAUAUCACCUUCAUCUUCAGACGUCAUUGUUUUUAAUCCGUACCCAAAUCCAGGCUAUCUAGAGAGGGCAUGUGCCGCACUUCAAGCGCAGAUGGAGCUGUUAUAUCUUCGGCCAGCCGUCCUGGAUUCCGCAGACUUCCAAAUUAUGCUGGAUGGCUUGGAAGAAUUUUGGGAUUCAGAAGCUCCCCGAAUUGGCGAACCCCAUGCUGGAGGUUGGAUUUCAUGGAUGAAAGAAGAGGGAUUAGAUGCGCAGCAUCCUCCACCAAAACCGGGUCUCGAGGCAGUGUCCAAUGUAACGCAACAUAGCCUGGAUGGAUACCAGCGCUGGCAUGAUGCCGAAACUUUUCUUGAUGAAAAAAGAUUGCUUUCUGCUCGCGACGGUGAUGGCGAUGAUGACCCAUACUCUACCGUCCUAUUCUCCGACAUCCGAACCCUCUUGUUCCCUCCUAUGUCUGUCUCGUCCUUUCCCAAAUCAUCUGUUAGCCAGCUGGAAGAGAUAUUCCCACUUUUCCUUUUUCUUAAUUUUCUGGGUCUUCAUAUCCCCGGGUUGUCGGACGCCCUCUUGCCUCUAGAGUCUGAGACCGACAUUCAGGGCUCGGAUACUCCAUGGUCGUACCAUGGUCCAGCGCUCAAUUCCUCACGUAUUGCGUCUCUGUUCUCUCUCCCUGACCAAAUUGGGGACACCUGGUCAAGCCAGCCAUCACACUCUGCUCGACAACGGUGGACGUCUACUGAUGAAUUGGUAAUGGGUAGAGAGAGAAAGAUGGGUUCUGGAUGGGGACCUGUGAAGGAAUGGACACUCGGCCUUGUGGGUUGGCUUGAAGGCUAUGGGCCACAAGGGAAGGGUAACUUUAGACGGAUAUUUCAGCAAGUUGAUUCCCGUUUGAGGUCGCAAGCUUGGGCUAAUUUGUGGAUCGCCUUCGAAGCCGCCAUUAAUGUCAAAGAAUCCCUCAAAGUGUCAAAGUCCAUUCUGUCCGCAUUUCCUACUUCCCUGGAGCUGUGGACCACUUGUGCUCAAUUGCAAUGUAUACGAGGGAAAUUUGAUCUCGCCCGGAAGGUGUACCAAACGCACCUUGAAACAAACGAGACUCCACAGCCUAUCGCAAAUUGGAUCAAUACUUCUGACAGCCGUGCCAAAAUAGGAAUGUGGUACGCAUGGGCGGAAAUGGAAUGGUUAGACGGUCAGGACUCCGCAGUAACUCGCCUCCUUUGUCGCGCCUGUGGUGUUUCCGUGCCUGAGACGGACCCGGAUAUGCGGAUUCCUAUUCUUCGGGCUAGGCAGGCGUACGCUCAUGUGCUUUCGUCAUCUUCCGUUUUGGGUGAAACGCUUGUGCCGCUUCUCAACUCCUAUGCACUCUUCGAACUACUCCAAAAACGCGACGUACCACAUGUGAUCCAGGUUUAUACUCCAUAUCUUUCAGACUCCCCUAAUGAUGGGGGCUUAUCCAAACGCAUACGCGAAGCGCUCGUAUAUGGGAGCGCUCGCAUCAUUCACCACUACACCAUAACACUCCGGAACAUAUGUCCUCCUAUCCAUCUCCGCAAGUACAUCGCACAAUCAGUCCGGCAAUACCCCUCAAAUACUCUGCUCCUUGGUGUGUGGUUGGAAAGUGAACGGGGAGAAGCCGUGUGGGGAAGGGUGAGAGGUGGAAUUAGCGAGGCAAUUCUGGAUGGCGCAGGUGACACAAAGGGCGGUCUAAAAAUCGUGGGCGUACCGAGGUGGCUAUGGAGUAUAUGGGUGGAAAAAUGGGAGAGAGGGGCUUGGGAUGUGCAUCGCGUUCGGUCUAUGCUCCAUAAGCGGUGGAGAUCCCAAGAGUUCUACCUCCUUGCAUUCGGGCCGUUACGACCAGAGUUCAAUCCGGCAGGGCUCGAGCAGGUAUUGAAUGGCAUGGCCGAACGCAAAGUAAGGCUGCGCGAAGGAAUUCCCUUGAAGAGUUCCUCCGUCGAGAUCGGAUCAAGAACCCGGAAGCUGAGCCUGGCCUCGACGACUCUGAUGAAAGGAUGCUUGUGCAAGAUUGGGCAGAUGAGGAUGUCGAAGGAACUGAAACGUCUCAAACCUUACUGA